GCCCGGAAGCGCAGGCGCGGGCGGGAACCCGGCGCCCGGCGCGCAGAGCAGGGACGCGGGAGGAGCUCCCCCACGCUCGGCGACCCCUAAGUGUGCUCUGCCCUGGUUCCCGGGCGGACCUACGUGUGACGUGAAAGCGGCUGCGGGAGCGCCUGCUCCGGCCGUGAAGUAGGGUCCCGUGGCCCUUUCCCCCCACUGCUCUCCCUGUCGCCCCCAGGACAGAUGAGGUCCUGGGCGUCCCAAAGCUGAUGAGUGUGAAGGUUGAAGCCUCCCUGGGCCCUGCCUGAGCAGGCUUGCCUGACAAGCUGGGACAUGCCUGCCCCUGGAGGACCGUCGGUGGUCGAUGGCUGCGGUGGUGGAGGGGUUGGAGCCGGAGGAAGCGGGAGCUGCAGAAGACACGGCAGGACUUGCAGUGAAGGCUGCAGAUGCCGAGCCUGGCCCGACUCCUAUCUUGGCUGGGAACUGGCUGAAUUUGGACCUAUACCCUGGGGGUUGCCACCGGCUGCUGCACCUGUGUGCCCAGCAGCCCUCACCCCUGCUGCAGGUGGAGUUCUUGCAGCUGAGCACCCACGAGAACCCUGGGCUGCUGGAGACCACCCUAGCCCAGGUGCCCUGGAGCCAGCUGUGCCUCCGCUCCCUCGUCCUCAAAGGAGGACAAAGCCGAGGUGCCCUGGGUGCUUGCCUCCGGGGCACCCUGACCACGCUGCCCACUGCCCUAAGUGGCCUGACCCGCCUGGUCCACCUGGACCUGAGCUUCAACAGCCUGGAGACACUGCCGGCCUGUGUCCCACAGCUUCGUGGCCUGGGCACCCUGCUGUUGUCUUACAACCACCUGUCAGAGCUGCCAGAGGCCCUGGGGACCCUGCCCACCCUCAGCUUCCUUGCUGUGACGCACAACCUCCUACAGAGGCUGCCCACAGCACUGGGGGCCCUGGCCAGCCUGCAGCGCCUUGACCUCUCCGAGAAUCUCCUGGACACUCUGCCUCCUGAGAUCGGAGGCCUGAGCAACCUGAGUGAGCUCAAUCUGGCCUCCAACCGGCUUCAAAGCCUCCCAGCUUCCCUUGUGGGAUUGCAGUCCCUGCAGCUCCUUAUUCUGCACAGUAACCUCCUGACCUCAGUGCCUGCUGGCUUGGCCCACCUUCCGUUGCUCACACAGCUGGAUCUGAGGGACAACCAGCUCCGGAACCUGACGCCUGAGCUACUGGACGUCCCCUGUGUACGCCUGCAGGGGAACCCCCUGGGCGAAGCCUCACCAGACUUCCCAACCUCCUCAGGGAUACCCCAAGAUCUGGAGAUGCCUACUCUGUUCCUGACUUCAGAUGUGAACAGCUUCCCUGUAACCCCACAAGGCUGCUCUGUGACGCUAGCCUGCGGUGUCCGCCUGCAGUUCCCAGCCGGGGCCACUGCAGUCCCUGUCACCAUCCACUAUCGGCUGUGGCUGCCAGAGCCAAGACUCGUCUCCCUGGGUCCUCACGACUCUCUGCUCAGCAGUGUCCUGGAGCUGUGGCCACACGGCGUGGCCUUCCAGCAGGAUGUGAGCCUGUGGCUGCUCUUUGUCCCGCCACGGACCCGUCGUUGCCGUGAGGUGGUGGUCAGGACUCGGAGUGAGGACAGCUGGCGGGACCUGGAGACCCACCUGGAGGAAGAGGCCCCAAAGCGGCUCUGGGCUCGCUGCCAGGUACCCCACUUCUCCUGGUUCCUUGUGGUCUUACGCCCUGUGUCCAAUGCCUGCUUGGUACCGCCAGAGGGGACACUGCUGUGCUCCUCGGGUCAUCCGGAAGUCAAGGUCAUCUUCCCUCCAGGGGCCACAGAGGAGCCUCAUCAUGUCUCCAUGCAGGUAGUACGCAUGGCUGGCCGGGAGCUGCGAGCCCUUCUGGGUGAGCCUGAGGCUGCUGUGAGCCCCCUGCUGUGCCUCACACAGCACAGCCCUGCUGGCUUCCUCUGCCCAGUCACCGUGCAGCUGCCCCUACCCCCUGGUGUCACAGGCUUCAGUCUGGACUGCUCCCGCCUGCACCUGCUGUACCGGGCCCCUCCUGCAGCCAACUGGGAUGACAUCACAGCCCAGGUGGCCCUGGAGCUCACACACCUGUACGCGCGCUUCCAGGUCACACGUUUCUCCUGGUACUGGCUGUGGUACACCACCAAGACCUGUGUGGAGGGCCUGGCGCGCAAGGCCUGGGAGCGGCUGCGGCUUCACCGGGUCAACCUCAUCGCUCUGCAGCGCCGCCGGGACCCCGAGCAGGUGCUGUUGCAGUGCCUGCCCCGGAACAAGGUCGAUGCCACCCUGCAUCGGCUGCUGGAGCGCUACCGAGGCCCUGAGCCUUCUGACACUGUGGAGGUGUUUGAGGGCGAGAAGUUCUUUGCUGCCUUCGAGCGGGGCAUUGAAGUGGAUGCUGAUCGCCCAGACUGUGUGGAGGGCCGGAUCUGCUUUGUCUUCUACUCACACUUGAAAAACAUGAAGGAGGUAUACGUGACCACCUCCCUGGACCGGGAGACUCAGGCUGUUCGGGGCCAGGUGUCCUUCUACCGUGGCUCAGUGCCCACAGAGGUGCCACAGGAGGCCGAGGCUGCACGGCGGAGGAAGGGUGCGGACGCCCUGUGGAUGGCCACCCUGCCCAUCAAGCUGCCGAGAUUUCGGAGGUCUGCAGGGCACGGGCAGGGGCCUGGCCUCUCCCUGGUGCCCCUCAACCUGGGUGACGCUGACACUGGCUUUCUGACUCAGAGCAACCUGCUGAGUGUGGCAGGGCGGCUGGGUCCUGACUGGCCAGCUGUGGCCCUCCACCUGGGCCUGCCGUAUCAUGAGCUGGAGCGCAUCCGGCACAAGUUCAGGGAUGACCUGGACGGGCAGAUUCGCCACAUGCUUUUCUCCUGGGCUGAGCGCCAGGCUGGGCAGCUUGGGGCAGUGGGGCGCCUGGUGCAGGCCCUGGAGCAGAGUGACCGGCGGGAUAUAGCUGAUGAGGUGCGGGCAGUCUUGGAGCUUGGCCGCCACAAGUACCAGGACAGCAUUCGUCGCACAGGCUUGGCACUCAAGGACCCUUCCCUGCCAGGCGCUUCCACUUAGCAGCCCCAAGAGCCUGAGCCAGCCUAGGCCACAGGCUUGGAGCUGGCCCUGACUGCCCUGCCCCUGACUGUGCCCUGACAGCACCCCUUGUGCAACAAGCUGCAGUGUGCCCUCUUCCA